CGGAACAGUCGUGGCUACAUAGCCGUGGACCGCCAGACAAAGGGCUUCGUGUUCUUGAAAGACACAUGGAGGGAGCUCGGCGACCAGGCUAACGCGGAGUCCGAAGGCGACUGCCUCGCAAGGCUCAACCAGGCUGGGGUGCCGUACGUCCCGACGCUCCUAUGCUAUGCUGAUCUA